AUGAAUAACAAGAUUGGUCGAAAAGAUUCGAAAAAUAAUGCGGAAGAGGAAGAAGAGGUUACAUCCGAGAAAAUAAAGGGGAAGAACGUGAAACAGGAAAAAAGAGUCGAAGGUGAAGGAAAGAAGGACACGAUGGCUGGUAACACCGACUCAUCGAUAACGGAAACGGCUUUAACGCAGAACGGUGCCGUUGAAGGUAACACCAACCAGUCCAGUGCAGAAGUUUCAGAAAAAGCAGAUAAACCACCUGAACCACUUAAACCACAACAGUCGGACAAUAUACCAGUUUCACCCGAGUCUGAAGCAGACAUCGACCUCACUCAAAUUAUUCCUGCCUCAACCUCAAAUUCGUAUAAAUCCAAUACCAUGUUUUUCAAACCCGAAAAUCACAUAGCUUCAGAUUCCUAUUCCCACACUCUUUACUCAGACACAAAUCUUGACCCAAAGAAUCUGGCAGAGAUCUCGGAAGACGGAAUGUUGGCUCUGAGACUUACGGAAACGGAAAGGACAAGUCCGUUAAUGAGCCCCAGCCCCACGGAGCCGUUAUCACCAAGCGCAAAUGCUCCCAACAUUAUAGCGCCCAAGCAGAUUGUCCGAAUAGAGAGAGAUUAUACCAGAGGAGAGUUGUGUCAAUUCCAGACGGCUUUCCCGAUGGAGAUUGAUGGGCGGAAUGUCAAAGUCAAGAUUGGGCGAGAAGUCAUUCAUUGGUUUGCACAGGAACCCAUGCGGGGGCUUCUCAGGGAGGAUCUGGUGCCGAGGGAAGCUCAAGCGCUGUCAGAAGGACGCACAAUAGAAUUUAUGGUCGAGGCAAUGUGGCCCAAGUAA